CAGGUCGGUGGUGAGGUUUGGAAGGAGGAAAUAAAAGGGAAAUCCCAGCAAGGAAGUCAUUCGUGUGUUAUUUUCCGGAGGCCGUCUCUACACGGGGCGGGAGGAGUCAGUCUGCUCAGAUCGUGUUUUGUUUCGAGUUCCUGUGAAGAACUUAAAAUGCAGAGAAAAGAACGUUCAAGUUCAAUAUUUUACGCAACUGGGGCCAAUUUCUUCGAAGGAUGUCUUCAGAAAUCACCUCCAAUCAAUAAGUUCACGUCACAGACAUCAUGGAAGAAACGAUACUUCGUAUUAAGAGAAGAAAGUGACGAAUACAUCUUGAAGUACUAUAAAAACCGGGACGAAAAAAGUGCAAAAGCACUGGGAGAAAUACCUAUAAAGGGGAUUAAAGAGAUGGACAUCGGCCCACAGCACCAUGCCAAAUGGAAGACACUUGAGAAAAUGUUCAAGUGCACCCGAGAGAGAGUUAUUUUUCUGAAGACGGAGGGAAGGGAAUACUUUUUCAUUGGAGAGAAAGAUCAAGUCAAGGACUUGCAACAGAAAAUUCUGAAUUUGAAAAACAUUUCUCCUGUUGAAGACCAACCGAAUUAUUCUGGAAGAUUCCAUGGAGAUAUACCACAUCUACAACCAGAAGCUUCUUCAACCAACAACUCACACACAAUUUACUCCACAAUAUCAGAAACUUUAGCUGAGGUAGAACGGAAAAGAGGUGGAGAAACCAAAUUAUCCGCUUAUUCUGCAGUUGAUCCACCAGAAACCAUUCAGUGCAUCUAUGAUGUGCCCAAAAAUAUACUAGAGGCAGGGAAGCAAAGGCCAUAUUCUGAUGUCACUUUCAAAACUAGUUCAAUGACACAGCAGUUUAGACAGACAGUAGUGGAAGAAAAGCCACGAGCAUCUUCAGUAUCUGCUGUAUCUUCAAAUACCUCUGGAGCCACCUAUGAUACACCACGGAAAAUUGUAAAAUCUUGCAGAUCACAAUCUUACGAUUCAGGGAUCUACAUGUCCAUGGCAUCGAUACCAGAAAUGAAGGCUGAAGAGAGGCCAUGUCUGACCACCGAUUUGGAAAGCACGAAUUUAACGAGCAGAAUAAGUUCAAGUGAAGAUCUCUUGAACACCGAGACUCUCCCACAACAGUCACUUGCCGCGUCUCUUAAAGGAAAGACAGAGUGGGACAUGAACCUGCCAACACACACGAGGCAACUGAAAGCAUUGAACAGGGAUGUUAUAGAAGAAAAAAAGCCGGAAAAAUUGGAUCGUGUGGUUUCCAAAAAAGAAGUGCAAUUUAGUCUGUCAUUUUCCGAACCAAAUGGCAGUGUCUGUGUUACUCACUCUUCGGAUGCCAAGUGUGCUUUUUGUCACGGAGACAUUAUUACAGCAAUCAACAAGCUGCAGAUCAGCACAAUAGAGGAGGUGUAUAUGUUCGUCCAAAAGGCCGUGGAAGAAGAGGUAACAAUCAGCAUUCUGCGGCAGCCUGGAGCAACGACGUUCCAUUGUGAGGAAUGUGUCUGUGAAGACAACGCACGGAAUGAUCAGACAGGUCACUGACUGAAUUUGACCUCAGGCUCUGAUCUCCUGCAACUGAAGGUCAUGGAGCCAUGAGUGACAAUAAAUUCUGUAUCAUCGAAGAGCCAAUAUAUCAGCAACUUUUCUGAGUUGUUAAGUCCAUAGCAACAGCGUUGGAGAAGCCUUUCCCUCCUUCCAUGAUGUUUCACUCCAUUUGCCCCGUUCAUUGUCCAAAACCUUUUCAAAUGAUUCUCGCUUCUGUGUGUGUAAGUGUGAGUGUUUGUGAGUAAGUGUGC